UGCUGUCCCUCACCGGCAACUCCUACCUCGCUCAUGCCGUCCGGGACCAAGUCCAGGAGCUUGAUGUCAGAUUCAAGUUUCAGGCCCGGUUAGCGGACAGCGUUUUAAUGCAAGCUGUCCUUAAUGACGAUCCUCUACAAAGCAUCGCACUCUCCAUCAAUUCUACGGGGGCUCUAAUCCUCAGCUCGAUGCUGUUCAAAGAUCCGGUAGAUUAUGACAACAUCAAUACAAUGGAUGAAGGAUCUGGUUAUUCCGAUACCGAGCCUGGAGAUGAUGACCUGGAACCCAAUUUUGAGGCUGGGUUCAAUGCUCAUCUAAGUCAGAACGUCAUGGAUGGCAAGCCGCACAGCGUCCGCAUGGACUGGAAUUCCAAAAAAAUAAAUAUUUAUCUAGACGAUAAAAUGUCCGUUUUCAACAUCACACGCGAAAUUUUUUCGUCCCAAAAUUCUUUUGAUUUAUUCUUCGGCUACUCCAAGUACAUCAACGAAGCCUGCGACACAGUUGAUAAAUGUCAUAAAAGCGAUAUUCAGAGCUCAUCGAAGUAUCAGUUUAGUGAAGCCAAGCAGCGAUGUGAUCAACUGAAGAUGGGAUCCUUCAAACCUUUUUCGGGAUGUUUGCAAGAUAUUCAAGUGAACGGAGUGGACCUCUUCUCUGAUCCACGGGACACUGAGCUCUUGUCUGUUAAUCCAAGUGAUGAUAAGCCGAGCGUUUCCCUGUCUACUUCAUGCCCAGUGUUCACAUCGAACAAACUCGUGGUUAGUUUGCAGCAUCAGUCAGCUCACCUGACUCUGCCAGCACCCUGCGCCGCCACCUUCGUUCUUCAGCUCUUCGUAAAGCCUGCACUGAGCGCCAACCCUAACACUUCUGCCAUACUCGCAUCCGGGCACAUCACGCUCAGGAACACGUUCAAUGAGAACAAGCAGUACAAGUGGAAGCUCUACAUGAAGCACCAGAAGCUACACCUCGAUGUCCCAGGCUAUAACUCGACCUCCAGUAAGGACGUGUCAACUAAAAGACAAAUCGACUUGAAUGAUUGGAACUCGGUGAAGUUGUCAAGUGGCGAGAAAAACAUGACUCUCUCAUUCUCGGCCUUCCAUUCAACUUUCCUUUUCAAUGACUCAAGUAUCGUCUCCGUUUCUUCCAUCAUCGUGGGCGAUAGGAACAAAGGCAUGCUGGGAUGCUUCAAGGAAAUCACGUUGGACGGCUACGAGUUCGACGCUCGACUAUUCGUCAGGGCUGGCAACGGCGUCCUGGUCGGCUCAUGCGGAGUCCGAGAUCCUUGCCUCAAUGGCGGAAAGAUGGUGUCGGGUUCUCGGUUCUUGCAUACUAUGUGCAACUGCACAGCAACGGCAUUCGAGGGAACGCGCUGCCAGUUCCCACGUCACCCCGCCUCGUGCUCCGAGUAUCGCCGGCUGGGCUACGGUCAGGCCGGAAUGUAUGCCAUUGAUGUCGAUGGCAGCGGCCCCUUACCGCCGCUCGUGGUCAAGUGCGACUUCCUGCCACGUUCCACUAAUAUCACAAUUUCUCACAACCUUCCGAAUGAAUUUGAGGUCCCUGCUGCUCUCGGAGUUACACGCCAACUGAACAUCAGCUACGCUGAGAACAUCAAGCCAUUCAUCAAACUCCUAAUGUCUUCCCGCAGCUGUACUCAGAAAGUUACAUUCUCGUGUCGCAAUUUCCCUCUGAACUUAGCCAGGAAUAAUACGCUGUUAUCUUAUGGAGACGGUGACUUCAUCAACAAGCUCGGCAAAACGCAGCAGGGCGUUUGUCCAUGCAAAGAACACGAGACUUGCAGUGAAGCCAGACUUGGUUGCAACUGUGACGCAGGCGACGACGUAGUCAGGAGUGACACCGUAUGGCUCAGUGAGCCCUCCAACAUCCCACUCUCAGCUUUGAUUUUUGGUGGCAGCGAGAAAGCAAACGUUAACUCUUUCCUCCGACUGUCCGUUGGCAACAUAACGUGCGAGCAGACACAGCUACUGGCCACCACCAAAUCGCUCAUCAAGCCCGACAGCUACUUGAAACUCACGCGUUUGCGGCGUUUCAACGUGACGAAUUUGAGUUUUUCCUUCAAAACCUUGCAGAGUGACGCCGUCCUGGUGACAGCUACUCUUGACACUUUCCUCGCACCGUCCUUCUUCGUCCGACUUCAUCAUGGUACUUCAUUGGUACUCUCACAGCGUGGUAUUAACCUGCUAAAAAUCGUAGCGGGUUAUCCUCUAGAUGUCGGCGAGUGGCAGCAUGUUCAUAUUAGCUAUAGCGAAUGGGAAGUGCGAGUGCAGCUCAACGGCCAUUCGGAGUUUGCAUUGCUUGAUAAGCCAUGGACGAGGCAGGAGGAAACGGAAAGCCAAAUUUACAUAGGAAACUACCCAUCAAGUUCGCGACCUGAAAAUCCUGGGACAAAAUUCAUUGGCUGUGUUAGAGACGUGUUCAUAGACAACUUUCCAGCGGUUUUCGAUGAAGAAAGCUCCGUUGUCAACGACUGCGUAGAGCCAUGUCAGCUUCUGGCUGAAGAACUGGAUCAUGUCUGCGAGCAUGGAAAUCGCUUCAAAGAUUUACCUGAAACUUGCGAUCGAAAACUUCUUCGUUCUUCCAAUGAAGAAACAGAUUUGAAUCGAAGCGGUGUUCGAUUACUCACCAAGAAGGCCGAACUUCAUAGCGAUGUAACCGAGGUCGACCCUUUCAAGAUUGACUUGAAUCCUCUCACCCACGAUACCAGCUUCGUGUUCAGAACCAGAGAAAGCCGGGCACAACUCUUUUUUGCUUACGACAAUCUUCAGAAUGUUCUCCAAAUAUACCUCGCCUCGCCAUCUGUUUUGAAUAUUAUCUUCAAUAACGAGUUCGAGCUGCACAGUUUCUCCAUGCAAACUCCCGGCAAACAGAUGAAUUUGGGUUCCCCAGUGGUCGUCCGCCUGGAACGUUCUUUUUCUGUUACGAACGUGAGCCUCACCAUCGACAAUUGCGUGUUUAGUGCGGUGAUGAACAGAACUUAUUCUUUUAUAACCGCUGAUAAAUACCGUCAAUAUCCUUACACAACCACUGAAGAGCUGCCCGCCAUACAGCAAGCCAAAACUGUUCCACAAAGUUUCCUGUCGGUACACUUCGGAGGGGCUAACACGGGUGGGGCCACGACGAGAGUGCCCAACCUCAUCGGCUGCGUAUCAGACUACGAAGUGGGCGGUCAAACUGUCAAUAUCCAGGAAUUUGAACAGUGGGCGCGAGAGGGUGAUGUGUUCCCGGGUUGUGAAGACACCAACAACGCCUGCAGCGACACGCGCAUGUGUCAGAACGGAGGAAAAUGUUUGCCGCUGUUCACGCAGUCCAGCCGCAACCAGCCCUGCGAUUGCCGCCACUCAUCUUAUAUGGGGCCACAUUGCACUGACGAAAUCGCUUACCAGUUUAAGGCUGGGGACGAGCUGAUCAUGGAAGUCGGCGCCCUCAGUACCGCGGCGCCAGACCGCUCGUCCAGACUCAGUUUUGCAUUUGCACUUCAGGGCGGCGGGUCUCACAACGACGCUUUUGAGACUGUGGUCCAAUACGACUCAUCGGAGCUAAGUGUGUCAAUGGGCGUCGAGAACGGAUCUUCGCUCGUCUUGACACUAGCCUCGCCAGGGAGAGACACCGCGCAGCAGUGGACGCUUCCGCCCAGUGACAUAAGGACAGACAUGCAGCAAGCCCAGCGACAACACGUUGUUUUAGAAAUUAUUUAUGACGUGGAAAAAGUUCAUAUUCUAUUUCAGUUGAACAGGAGACCCAUCGAGUUGUGGUAUGCUUCAUCUAUUCGAUUAUCUGGGAACUUCGUCGGCCAGAGGCAAAGGGACUCGCUGUCCCUGGGAAAUUUUAUUUGGCCCAGUGAACUACACGGGCGACAAACCCAGGGCUUUGCUGGCUGCAUCUCGAACGUGCGUUUGGAAAGCCAUGGAAAAGUAUACAACCCACUGGAGCUUUACAAGCAAGCAGGAUCUUUACAAGCACCCGCCAUCCCUCCUAUAACCGUUCGUGGUGAACCCAAAGCGACUGAAUACUGCGCUAUCGCAGGGUCUCCAUCAUUCUUCGGCGCGUCCAGACUGCCGAGACGUACGAGCGAUGCGGUCGUGCAGAUGUCACCUCCGACGCUCCUUGCGAGCGAAAGCCAGACAACGGAACAUGAAAUGGAGUCAAAUCCUGUGCAGAGUGUGAAUAUUUGGAUAAUCAUCGGUAUCGUGUUGGGUGUGGUUAUCGUCAUCAGCAUCGCGGUGAUAGUUUUUAUGAUCGCGAGGAGGAAAUCGUCGGACAUUGAAUCUUUUGAACCAAGGAGGAGCUACCGUAGGGCUUCUGAUAACCGGACUUCCGACUCUGUAAGAUUGAGCCAAAUGAAUAACGAAUCGGAAUCAAUUCCUUUCGGGCGAGGGGCGCUGCGAGCUGUACCCAACGAUUAUGGCGUCACUGUGGGACACGAAGAAAGUGGACCUCUAUUGCAGAAUGGCCAUAUCGACGACGCGCCAGUGAACAGUGCCGACCAAAGCAUACAUGCUCGACAGGAGCCCGAUUUCGAGUUCUCAGAGCUGCCUGAAGGCGAAUACCGCAAUUACCAUCAACAAUCUUUGGCUAGCGAGAUGUGUUUCGGAAGAGCCAUGAUGGGGUCAAGUUUGAGGGACAGUUUUGAAGAGAUUCCUGAAAUCGAGUUGCAGGAAAAUCAUUGGGGGCAAGUUAACUUUCAAGACGGGAGAGGAAGCGUGCAAAGUGAACAGCCUCUUGAACACGAAGCUUUUGGAUUAGAAAAUGACGAGAAAAUUGGGCCAAUGAGAGAUUUCUCGUGCACAGAAAAUGAAGUCAACGAUGCUGACAAAAAGAAUUUCGUCAACCUUAAAGAAAAUACAGAAAAUAUAAACAAAGAUUUUGAUGAAAAAGAGGCUGGUCACUAUGAAGAUUACGAUUUACCCACACAGGAGCCGACAAAAUCGAGGCCGGAUACUCCAACAAUCGCUCGAGAUGAACCAUCAGCUGUAACGCGUAAUGACGACAUCAAUGAAGAAGAUGGUGACGAAAUUAACGAAAGAAGACCGGAAAGUCCUCGCCAAGACUCGUCGGAUGAAGGAAGUUAUUGUGUAUCCGAUGACAACUGGAUAAGUGACACUCCCUUGAGUCGAGUGGACUCAUUUGUUAGAGAAGUCGUCCACAAGGCCGAAAUUGUCUCGAAAAAACCAUCGAAUAUGUAAAUGGGGGGAUUCUAAAUAAGGGACUGAAUUGUGACCGAUAAUGUCAUACAUGUGUUCCUGGUAAAAUGUUCGAUAAAUUUAGCUUUGAUCAGUUGUGUUAAGGUUUGAUGCUUCACGUGCAGAGAACACAAUUUACUGAUCGUUAAACGUUAAAGGGGUACGCAGGUUAUACUUAGGCGUCUUCUGUUUAUUUUGUAGCAGGAUUUCAUAGGAAUAGUGAACUGAACUUUUUUAACAUAAAUUGAUACUGUAUUGUUGAGUAGGCUGUACAUAAUGCUAAUCAUUUAAUUAAGUUAAUUUCAUAACUGGUUAAAACAUCAAGCCUAUUAUAAUUAGUUAUUAUUAAGUAUAUUAAUUUAUUUAGACCUUAUAUGAUCAUGACUUUAAUUUAAGAAUAUUUGGCCAAUUUACAUUCAGUUUUUUUGGUAAUAUUCAUUUGAUAGUUGAAUGCAUAUAAAUUAUUUAACGUAAAUUUUUUUAUCAAGUUGAGCUACACCUAGUACGUAAUUGUACCAUUCCUUAAAUGAAAUUUUCUGAUGAUAACAAAAGUAACUGUCAAUGGAUAACUAGGAUGAUUUCUUGGAUCAGGUAGGAAGAUUACAUGAAUAUAAUUAUGACGGAUAACGCGGAUAAAUACCUGUGAAAAAGAAAGAUGAUUGUUAUUAACAAUGAGAAUAAUUGUCUGCGGAUAACAAGGAUGACUUAUCGGCAGCUAACAUGGAAGAUUAUCGCUGAAUGCAAUGAUGAUUGUAGGCAGAAAAUGUGGAUAAUUUUCAGCGGAUUGCGUGGACACGUGACGGCGUAUAAUAAGAAUUUUGUCAGUAGAUAACAAAAAUAAUUGUUGGCGGAGUAGAAGUGAUCGUUUAUGCAUAACAAGGAUGAUUUUUGCGUUUAUAAAUUAGCCUACGCGGUUGCCAGCUAUACACCGCAUGCUUUCUUAAUUGAGACCAAUCCACUACCAAACGAUCGCUCUUGCAGCGCAAUUGAACAAGUCUUGAUCUCAAGCGUGCUUCAGUUACUACAGUUAUGAGUACAAAUUAGCGUAUUUUAUUGUAUCUAUUAAGUUUGAAUCAUUGAUUAUACUAUUCUUAAACGGCUUCAUUACAAGUUGCUUUUGAUUCGAUGAGUUUGAACGCAUUUUGGUCUUUUACUGUUGAUUCUGAGUAAAAGAAUAUCUAGAAACUUCAUUCGCAUUUAGGCUAGGUGUUUGUUCAUUUAUUUUAAAAACUUUUAGCUCAAGGAUCACAAAAAGUCUGCAUGACGGUGUGUAAUAGCUGAGUUGUGAUACUUGCAGGUUUUCAACCAGAAAUUAAACCGAACCUAGAAAUUUAUAUACUAACGUUGAAACGGCAAUAUUGCUGUUCAGAGUUUAUGAGUGUCAGUUCAGCCGUUCAUGAAAAAGAAUUAGUUCAAAUAAAUUCUUAAAUUCAAAUUGAAAAUAUUCCUAAAGCUAAAUAUUCGUUGUUGAAUCAUUGUAUUUCUUACCGGAGAAAAACGAAUUCUGAAAUGGUUGAAUUAAAAUCAGUAAAAUUCAUGCAGCCACUGCACACUUGAAAAACCAAUAAAAUCCUCGAGUAAAGUGAUAUUUUGUGUUAAAUCAUUUGUGUUUUAACCGAAAAACGCAUUUAGGAACUGAUUGAUGAUCAUGAAACCAGAAAUUUGUUUUUAAUCUGGAAUGCGGAUCUCAGCGGUCAACACAAUUUUCAUUUUAUCGGUGUAGAGAUGAAAGAAGUAACAGAGCACGAAAUACGAAUGCUCUCAAUUCAAAUUCAAUUAUUCAAUAAAUAAUUUAUGGGUAGAACUUUUACUCUUACUGCAUAGAUCGAUAGAUUAUCAUGUACCCGAUUUAAUCUGUAAUGCAGAACAUAACGGUCAACACCUAAAAAUUAUUUGCCUGGUCAAGUGGAGCAGAUGACGGUUUCCAUCAUUUCCGCGGGACACGGAUAUUCACCUCUCAUUUACAGCCUUCAAUGUUAAACAAAGUAAAAGUUACUUUAACAGAAGUAGGAAACAUUUGAAUGAGUUAAGAUUUAUAUCACUAUUGCCUGCCAACAAAUUCAGCACGGACGAUUGAAGCAAGAUACUGAUGAGUAGGGCUUCAUGGCUAGCUGAUGUGUUGUGAACAGGAGCAACAUUUUCGAGCGCAGAUUGCUCGAGUUCUGUUUCGUUGAUUUUAAUUUUCCCAAUCCUAAUGGAAGGCUGGUGUUUCAUGUUUGGACGAAUUAUUAUUUAUACAGAAGGAAUCGAGGCAGAAAGACUUACUGCUCAACUCCAUCGCUUUGAGGAAAUGUUUAACUUAAGCACAAAUACGAAUAACUUCAAUUCAACUCUCUGAUAGUGAACUAUUGGUACCAUUUUGUCGUAAUGGGGCGAUCGGUAAAAUCUUCAUGGUAUUCAACCAGCAAUUCAGAACCUUGAAACACUUGAAACAAGAUACUGAUGGGCUGCAGGGAUAUUAUGGCUCACUAAUGUGUUGUGAACCAGACCAAUAUUUUCGAGCGCAGAUUCGAGAUUUUGUUUCGUAUAUUUUAAUUUUCUCUAUCCUAAUGAAAGGCUGGUGUUCCACUUUUGGACAAAUUAUUAUAUAUACAGAAAGAAUCGCGACAGAAAGCUUUACUGCUUAGCUGGAAUCGUCAUGCGAGCAACCGCUUCGUCAAACCUUCGACAAGGUUGAGGUAAACAAUAAAUUUCCAAUUGACACGUGUAAGCCGGAAUAAUAUGUAGAUAGGUAAAUAAAAAAGUUAAUAAAAAUUUCGCAUGUGUGAACUAAUUUCGCCCCUGAACUCCAGCUGGAAAUCUGUAUGGCCAACUCAACCGAAAAAAUCAAUUCAUUAUAAUACAAUACAAAUUCGGAUGCUUCCUCGUUCAUACUUUCAAAUUGAAUUUAGUGAAUGAUUUGAAGGAAUUAUUAUAGAUAGAUGGAAUGUAUGAUUUUGAAAUAAACAUGCACUUUAUAAUCCUGA